CAUACCAUCCCCAUUCUCAUCUCUUCUUUUUCUUCUUCCUUGCCUUGCUGGUCAUAUUCCGCUUCCUUCUCCUUUUUUGUAAUCACAGCCAGCCAUGCAUUCUCGCUCAAUAUAUUGCGGCUGUGCAUUUCUCUUGCUCUCUAGUGUUUCCAUCCACGCUCAACAACAAACGUUCCAGCCAGAUGUCAAAAUCGGAUCACUCAAUGCAUUUGUAGAUGGACGGGCCAUGUAUGUCUUGGGGGGAGAGUCCGGUACAGCACCGGGCCAAGCAAAUUCACAGGCCUUUUCUAUCGAUCUUUCGGUUUCCUGGCCCACUAAUGCUCCUGUGUUCACAAAAUUGCCUGACGGACCUUCUAUUAAAGGCGGUUUCCAUCAUGGAGCCAGCGCAAUUUCAUCGGAUGGUCGUACCUGGUUCGUUGCCUCUUCCUCAUCUUCUGGUGGCAAUACGGGCUACUUUUACAAUUUCCGGACGGAAGAAUGGAGCGAGAUAUCGAACAAGCAGAUUUCAUUUGAAGGUGACAAGGCUAUCAGCUUUGUUUUGGGCUCAGGAGCUGCGACAGACCCAUCGAGCGGUAUGAUCUAUGUUCCUAAUGGUCUAGUCGAUCCUACGGGUCAGCGGUCGAUGCUACAGAUUGAGGAAGACAAUGUGGAUAGACCAAUCAACAGUGUUGAAAUGCCAGAUGCAUUGCAGACCACGAUCGGCGCUGGAGCUAGUACUAGCAUGAUGAGCUCUACUUUUGUUGCAUGGAGCGCGGCGCGGGAGAGUAUGAUCUACUUGGACAUGUCGACGAUAAGUACUGCUAGGGCGUUUGCAUACAACCCUGAAAAAGGAUGGAGCCAGCUUGAGAUGCAUGGGUCAAUUCCUCAUUCUCGAUCAGAUGCAUGUUUUGUUGCUGCGCAGGGUGGAUCAAAGCUGGUGCUGUUUGGGGGAUUUGACUCGAGUCUACAGUCCAGUCUUAAUGAUAUCCAUAUCCUGGACACUACCACGAUGACUUGGACGAGCGGUGGCAACUCAAUGGAUAAUGGCCGCAUGGGUGCAGCCUGUGCAGCCUCUGGGGAUUACUUCAUUGCAUGGGGUGGGCAAAGUCGUUUGUCUGGCAAUAAUGUCCUAGCUGGUACUGGCACGAGUACGAACACUAUCAUGGUAUAUGAUAUGAAAACUCAGUUAUGGACAUCCGAAUACGUUGCGCCCAGCCCUGUGCGUUCAAAAAAAUCAACUGGAUAUAUCCUUGCAGUUAUAGGCACAGUGCUCGGCUCAUUGUCUGUUGUGUUGGCCAUUGGCGCAUGUAUAUUACACCGUGCUCGAAAGAUGAGGAUCCAGGCAAGCAAGGAUGCUUCCAUGGAUGGUGACGAUGAUUACGCGUUGGGCAAGUACAUUUACGUGCAGCCAGGAGCACGGAAUGGCUCUCAGGUGACCUUACAGGAGCCACCUACGUAUGCAGCAGCAGCACUACCUCAACCUUUGCCUCCAGCUUACCAGGCAUAAAAAAAAAACACAUUCGCAUUUAAUAUCAUUUAAUACCACUUCCUUUUCUAAUUUGUAAUAUAUCAUAGUUUGGUUACGUGAAUAAAAAAAACA